AUGACGCGCCGGAGGACACUUUCUGAUGAUGCAAUACAUAGGUUUAUCGCUGAAGAGGAAGAGAACGAGCAUGAACGAGAGCAAGGAAAUGACAGUGAGACAGAAGAUAAUUUGAGUGAAGAUGACAUACAGAGUGAUUACGAAGACGAGUUUAUAGAUGAUGAGGUGCCACAACAAUUGAAUGAUACACAAAAUGAAGACGAUAUAAGUCCAUCUGUAUCUUCAGAGCUCACUGGAAUUUCGACCAAAUGUGUUCUUCAAUGUCGUGUUCGAGGAAAACCAAUAGAUGGCCAAUGUGCCCUGGUAACUGUUCAGGCGUUACCGCAAUCCGGUGGUGAUGGUGACCAGAAACCCUGUGAUCACGGGAGCCAUAAGACGACAAAAACAGAAACGACCCACAUCGAGAAAACCAGUAGCGGGAGCAAGUCUCAUAGCAGAAUAGAAUCUACUUCUCAUAACCGAUAUGAGAAAACUGCAGAUCAUGUCAAAGCUGAUUCAGACUCUAAAACUCGUUAUGAGAAUCAUAAUAGCGGAUAUAAUGAACAUAUAAAGGCUAAUGCUACUAGAAGUGAUACUGAAAGUGGUGGUAAAGAUCAUAUAAAGAAGCAUUCUUCCAGUGCUGUUCAAGUAGAGAAGACUAGUGGUGCUUAUAAUCAACAAACUAAAGCCAAUUCUUCUGCUAACAGCCAUUAUGAGCAGAAGAAAGAUUAUGAACAUGCAGAUUAUUCGUACGACACUAAUAUUGAACAGAAGAAUACUGAAACGAAUAAUCAGACUAAGGUAGAUUCUUCUGCAAAUAACACUUAUGAAAAAAAGAAGGACUAUGAACAUGCCGAUUCCUCUUGCAAUACUAACAUUGAACAGAAGAACAGUGAGAAGAAGGAUGAUACUAAAAUAAACGACUCUUAUAACAGCCAUUAUGAAAAGGACAAAGAUAGAGUAAAUGCGGACUCAUGUUCUAAUACCAAUAUUGAGCAAAAGAACACUGAAAAGGAAAAUGAAAGUAAAGUACAAGAGUCUUCGAAAACCCAUCAUGAGAAGUGUAAAAAUUAUGAACACGCGGAUGAAUCUUCCAAUACCAACAUACACGAAAAGAACAACGAAAAGAAAGACAAAAUAAAAAUCGACAAUUCGUACAACAGCCAUUACGAAAAGAACAAAGAUUGCGAGCAUGCAGAUUCUAAUUACAACACAAAUAUUCAACAAAAGAACAGUGGAAAGCAAGGAGAAACCAAAAUAGACAACUCUACUAACAAUCAUUAUGAGACAAAGAAAGGCCACAAACAUAGAACAUCUUCUUCUAAAACAGAUAUAGAGCAAAAUAACAGAGAGUGGAAAGACAAGACGAACAUUGAUUCUUCUGGAAAUAAUCACUAUGAGAAGAACAAAGAUUAUGAACAUGGAGAGUCAUCUUCUAACACGAACAUUGACCAAGAAAACAGCGAAAAGGAGGAUCACACUAAGAUAAGUAACUCAUAUGGAAAUACUGACAAGAAGCACAAACGUGAAUGUCGUCACCACAAGUCGCAGAAUGAUGAUAACGAACAAGACAAUAGCAAUAGCGAUACUAACAAAGGAGACUCAACCAGCAAAGAUGAUUCCAAUAGUUCGUAUGACAAUAGUAGCAGUGACGGGUCCUACAGCUCAAAUGAAAGUGGUAGCGGUGGUGAGCCUGAUAACUCCCAUGAACAUAGCAAGAGCGAGAGCAAUGAAAAGAAUAAAAAGAAACACUAUAAGAGGCACAAACAUCAUAAAACAGAUAAUGAACAUCCAAAUGAUGACAAGAGUGAUGAAAAGAAUGAUGACUCCCAUGACCAUAACAGUGAUAGCACUGAGAAGAAUAAUAAAUCCCCUGAACGCGAAAAGGACUCAAAUGAGAGGGAUAAGACUGGAAAUAGUAAUGAGACCACUAGCAACGAUGAUUCUAACAGUUCAGAUGAAAGUGGUAGCAGCGAUGAGCCUGAUGACUCCCACGAACAUAACAAUAACGGCAGUAAUGACAAGAAUAAAAGGAAAAACACACAUAAGAGGUGCAAACACCACAUAAAAGAUGAUAACUCCCACGGACCCAAGAGCGGCAGUGACGAAAAGGAUGAUGACUCCCACGGACCCCAGAGCGGCAGUGAUGAAAAGGAUAAUAAUUCUCAUGGAUCCAAGAGCGGCAGUGACGAAAAGGAUAAUGACUCCCAUGGACCCAAGAGCGGCAGUGACGAAAAGGAUAAUAAUUCUCAUGGACCCAAGAGCGGCAGUGACGAAAAGGAUAAUGACUCCCAUGGAUCCAAGAGCGGCAGUGACGAAAAGGAUAAUGACACCCAUGGAUCCAAGAGCGGCAGUGACGAAAAGGAUAAUAAAUCUCAUGGACCCAAGAGCGGCAGUGACGAAAAGGUUAAUGACUCCCAUGGAUCCAAGAGCGGCAGUGACGAAAAGAAUAAUAAUUCUCACGGAUCUAAGAGCGACAGUGACGAAAAGGAUAAUACUUCUCAUGAUUCCAAGAGCGGCAGUGAUGAAAAGGAUGAUGACUCCCAUGGAUCCAAGAGUGACAGCGACGAAAAGGAUGAUGACUCCCACGGACCCAAGAGCGGCAGUGAUGAAAAGGAUAAUAAUUCUCAUGGAUCCAAGAGCGACAGUGACGAAAAGGAUAAUAAUUCUCAUGGACCCAAGAGCGGCAGUGACGAAAAGGAUAAUGACUCCCACGGACCCAAGAGCGGCAGUGAUGAAAAGGAUAAUAAUUCUCAUGGAUCCAAGAGCGGCAGUGACGAAAAGGAUAAUACUUCUCAUGGAUCCAAAAGCGGCAGUGAUGAAAAGGAUGAUGACUCCCAUGGAUCCAAGAGCGACAGUGAUGAAAAGGAUGAUGACUCCCAUGGAUCCAAGAGUGACAGUGACGAAAAUGAUGAUGACUCCCAUGGACCCAAGAGCGAAAGCCACGAGGACAAAGAUGACAAAAACAAGAACAAAAAGAAGCACCACAAACGGUGCAAACACCACAACAGAGAUAAUGAACCAAGGAGCGACAGUCAUGGAGAAGAUAAUGACUCCCAUGACCAUAACAAAAAUGAAAGCAGUGAUGAGUCCAUUAACAACGGUGACUCUAGCAGCACAGAUGAUUCAAACAGUUCAGACGACUCCAAUAGUUCAGAUGAAAACAACAGCAGUGAUAAGUCUGAUGACUCUCGUGGACCUAAGAAUGAUAGUAAUGACAAGAAUAAAAAGAAACACCACGUAAAAGAUAAUGAACAUCCACGUGACCACAAUAAUGACAGCCAUGAAAAAGAUGAUGACUCCCAGGGACCCAAGAGCGGCAGUGACGAAAAGGAUAAUGACUCCCACGGACCCAAGAGUGAUAGCCAUGAAGGGGAUAAUGAUUCCCAUGGAUCCAAGAACGGCAGUGACGAAAAGGAUGAUGACUCCCAUGAACCCAAGAGCGGCAGUGACGAAAAGAAUAAUGACUCCCAUGGACCCAAGGGCGACAGUCAUGAAAGGGACGAUUCCCACGGACCCAAAAGCGGCAGUGAAGAAAAGGAUGACGACUCACAUGGACCCAAGAGUGAUAGCCAUGAAAAGGAUGAUAGCUCCCAUGGAUCUAAAAGCGGCAGUGACGAAAAGGAUGAUGACUCCCAUGGACCUAAGAGCGAAAGCCACGAGGACAAAGAUGACAAAAACAAGAACAAAAAGAAGCAUCACAAACGGUGCAAACACCACAACAGAGAUAAUGACCCCAAGAGCGAAAGUGAUGAAAGGGAUAAUAAUUCUCAUGGACCCAAGAGCGGCAGUGAUGAAAAGGGUGAUGACUCCCAUGGACCCAAGAGCGGCAGCGAUGAAACUGAUGAUGACUCCCAUGGACCCAAGAGCGACAGUAAUGAAAGAGAUAAUCAUUCCCAUGGACCCAAGAGUAACAGUGAGGAAAAGGAUGGUGACUCCCAUGAACCAAAGAGCGGCAGCGAUGAAACUGAUGAUGAUUCCCAUGGACCCAAGAGCGGCAGUGACGAAAAAGGUGAUGACUCCCACGGAUCCAAGAGCGGCAGUGACGAAAAGAGUGAUGACUUCCACGGAUCCAAGAGCGGCAGUGACGAAAAGGGUGAUGACUCUCUCGGACCCAAGAGCGACAGUCAUGUAAGAGAUAAUGACUCCCAUGGAUCCAAGAGCGGCAGUAACGAAAAGGACGAUGACUCCCAUGGACCCAAGAGUGACAGUGAUGAAAAGAGAGAUAACUCCCAUGAACCUAAGAGCGAAAGCCACGAGGACAAAGAUGACAAAAACAAGAACAAAAAGAAGCACCACAAACGGUGCAAACACCACAACAGAGAUAAUGAACCCAAGAGCGAAAGUGAUGAAAGGGAUAAUAAUUUUCAUGGACCGAAGAGCGGCAGUGAUGAAAAGGGUGAUGACUCCCAUGGACCCCAGAGUGGCAGUGAUGAAACUGAUGAUGAUUCUAACGGACCCAAGAGCGGCAGCGAUGAAAAUGAUGAUGACUCCCAUGGAUCCAAGAGCGACAGUCACGAAAGAGGUACUGGUUCCCAUGGGCCCAAGACCGGCAGCGAUGAAAAGGAUGAUGAAUCCCAUGGACCCAAGGACGACAGCUACGAAGACAAAGAUGAUACACAUAAGAAGAAGCACCACAAAGGGCACAAACACCACAAAAAAGAUAAUGGACCCAAAAGCGACAGUCGUGAAAAGGAUGAUGACGCCCAUGGACCAGAAGACAACAACCAUGAGGACAAUAAUGACACAAAUAAGAACAAAAAGAAGCACCACAAAGGAUGCAAACACCACGUAAAGGACAAUCAUCGUCCACGUGACCACAAGAUUAACAGUCAUGAAAAGGAGGACUCCUAUGAACCUAAUAGCGACAGCCAAGAGCACAAAGAUGACAAAAAUAAGAAGAAGCACCACAAAGGGCACAAACAUCACAAAAAAGAUAAUGGACCCAAAAGCGACAGUCAUGAAAAGGAUGAUGACUCUCAUGGACCCAAAGACGACAGCCAUGAGGAUAAUGGUGACACAAUUAAGAACAAGAAGAAGCACCACAAACGAUGCAAACACCACGUAAAGGACAAUCAUAAUCCACGUGACCACAAGAAUGACAGUCAUGAAGAACAUGAUGACUCCCACGGACCCAAGAGCGACAGUUAUGAAAGAAACAAUGACUCCCAUGGACCCAAAAGCGGCAGUGACGAAAAGGGUGAUGACUCCCACGGGCCCAAGAGCGGCAGUGACGAAAAGGAUGAUGACUUCCACGGACCCAAGAGCGACAGUCAUGAAAGGGAUAAUGACUCCCAUGGACCCAAGAGUGAUAGUGACGAAAAAGAUGACGACUCACAUGGACCCAAGAGCGGCAGUGACGAAAAGGAUGAUAACUCUCAUGGGCCCAAGAGUGACAGUCAUUCCAGGGAUAAUGACUCCCAUGGAUCCAAGAGCGGCAGUGACGAAAAGGAUGACGACUCCCAUGGGUCGAACAGUGACAGUGACGAAAAGCAUGAAGACUCUCAUGGACCCAAGAGCAACAGUCAUGAAAAGGAUGAUGACUCACAUGGAGCCAAGAGCGGCAGUGACGAAAAGGAUAAUAGCUCUCAUGGACCUAAGAGCGAUAGCCACGAGGACAAAGAUGACACAAAUAAGAACAAGAAGAAGCACCACAAAGGUUGCAAACACCACGUAAAGGACAAUCAUCAUCCACGUGACCACAAGAAUGACAGACACGAAAAAGACGAUGACUCCCACGGACCCAAGAGCGACAGUGACGAAAAGGGUGAUGACUCCCAUGGACCCAAGAGCGACAGUCAUGAAAGGGAUAAUGAUUCCCAUGGAUCCAAGAGCGGCAGUGACGAAAAGGGUGAUGACUCCCAUGGGCCCAAGAGCGACAGUCAUGAAAGGGAUAAUGAUUCCCGUGGACCCAAGAGUGAUAGUGACGAAAAGCAUGACGACUCACAUGGACCCAAGAGCGGCAGUGACGAAAAGGAUGACGACUCACAUGGACCUAAGAGCGGCAGUGACGAAAAGGAUGACGACUCCCAUGGGCCCAAGAGCGGCAGUGACGAAAAGGAUAAUAACUCCCAUGGACCCAAGAGCGGCAGUGACGAAAAGGGUGAUGACUCCCAUGGACCCAAAAGCGACAGUGAUGAAAAGGGUGAUGACUCCCAUGGAUCCAAAAGCGAUAGUGAUGAAAAGAAUGAUGACUCCCAUGGACCCAAGAGCGGCAGUGACGAAAAGGAUGAUAACUCCCAUGGAUCCAAAAGCGACAGUGACGAAAAGGGUGAUGACUCCCAUGGACCCAAAAGCGAUAGUGAUGAAAAGGAUGAUGACUCCCAUGGGCCCAAGAGCGGCAGUGACGAAAAGGAUAAUAACUCCCAUGGACCCAAGAGCGGCAGUGACGAAAAGGGUAAUGACUCCCAUGGACCCAAAAGCCAUAGUGAUGAAAAGGAUGACGACUCACAUGGACCUAAGAGCGAUAGCCACGAAGACAAAGAUGACACAAAUAAGAACAAGAAGAAGCACCACAGAGAUUGCAAGCACCACGUAAAGAACAAUCAUCAUCCACGUGACCACAAGAAUGACAGUCACGAAAAAGACGAUGACUCCCAUGGACCCAAGAGCGACAGUGACGAAAAGGGUGAUGACUCCCAUGGACCCAAAAGCGACAGUGACGAAAAGUGUGAUGACUCCCAUGAACCCAAAAGCGACAGUGAUGAAAAGGGUGAUGACUCCCAUGAACCCAAAAGCGACAGUGACGAAAAGGACGAUUACUCACAUGGACCGAAGAGCGACAAUGAUGAAAGGGAUAAUGACUCCCAUGGACCCAAGAGCGACAGUGACGAAAAGGGUGAUGACUCCCAUGAACACAAAAAUGAUAGUAAUGAAACUAAGGAUGUCUCCGAUGAAGGUAAAAGUGUUGACUCUCAACAAACAAUAACUCAUAAAUGUAAACGUCAUCCUCCACAUAAACACAGAGUAAGACAUGUUAAAGUUAUUCCAAAACGGAGACAUCAUGCUAGGAGACACAAGUGUCAUGCUCAUGCCAAACCCUUGUCUGACGAAAGUAAAAACCAAGAAAAUGAUACAUCAGGGUCUCAUUGUACUGGAAGACAUAAGACGAAACAUCACCCGAAAUGCCAUAGAAAAUGUGAUGGCAUUAACUGUUAUAAAUACAAAGAUUUAAAUGACAAAGAUCCCAAAGAUGACAAGUCAAGUGAUGAAAAUACUUCUAAUGAUCGAAACGACAAACAUAAUGAUAGCAAAGAAAGUCAUGGCAAUGAUAAUAAUUCUGCAAAAGAAGAGACUAGUGAAGAAUCACAUGAAUCUCCGGGUAAUAGUAAAAGUGAUGACCAUGGUGACUCUAAAGAUAAAGAUACUGAGAGUCAAGAUAGCGAGUAUAACGAAAGUUUACCUAAGCAUAUUCACAAACGCAGUGCCGAAAAGAAAUGUAAGAGAAGACAUCACAAAAACCCUAAAGAUGAUUCUUCAAGUUCUAGUAGUCAUACUAGUGAAAGUAGCGAAUCGAAUAGCUCUGACGAACCCAACAACACAGGUGAAAAUGACAAGAGUAAUGAGUCCAAUAGUAAUUCGAGUGAAAAUGACUCUAAUGCUCAGAUGACAACGAUAGCACCAGCAAACCUGCCAGCACUGACGAAAAUAACAGCAGUAAUGAAGCCAAGAAUAAUAGUGAAAGUGAAAGCUCCAGUGGAUCUAGUGACUCCAGUAGUACUGAUGAGAGUGAGUACAGAUGAGAGUGGUAACUCCAGUGGACCCAGUGACUCCAGUAGUACAACAGAUGAGAGUGGUAACUCCAGUGGACCCAGUGACUCCAGUAGUACAGAUGAGAGUGGUGGUAACUCCAGUGGACCCAGUGACACCAACAGUACUGAUGAGAGUGGUAACUCCAGUGGAUCCAGUGACUCCAGUAGUACAGAUGAGACCGGCAACUCCAGUGGACCCAGUGACUCCAGUAGUGCAGAUGAGAGUGAUAGCUCCAGUGGACCCAGUGACUCCAAUGAGAGUGGUAACUCCAGCGGACCCAGUAAAUCUGACAGCACUGAUGAAUCCAACAAUACUAGUAAAAAUAGUGACAAUGAUGAAUCUAGCAAUAGUAGCAAUACUAAUGAAAAUAGCAGUGAUGAAUCUAACAGUUCAAGUGAAUCCAACGGUACUGACGAAACUGACAGCAGUGAUGAAUCUAGUGAAAGCAACGAUUCCAGUGUAAGUGACGAACCUAGUGAUAGCGAUGCAUCUAGUAACAGUUACGAUACUAGUGAAAGUUACGAUUCUAGCGAUAGUAACGGAAACAGCGAUAGUGAUAGCAGAAGCGAAAGUUUCGAGUCAAGCGAAAGCUACGAUUCAAGCGAAAGUAACGAUUUCAGCGAAAGUGAUGAAUCCAGUGAAAGCUAUGAAACAAGCGAAAGCGAUUCAUCUAGUGCAAGCGAUUCGUCUAGUGACAGCGAUUCAUCCAGUGAUAGCGAUUCGUCCAGUGAUAGCGAUUCAUCAAGCGAUAGCGAUUCAUCCAGCAACAGCGAUUCAUCAAGCGAUAGUGAAAGUGACUCAACUGAUGAAGAUUCCUCUAAUGAUGAUGAUAAUGGAGUAAGAAAAAGAUGUAACAGUAGAUGCACAGUAUGUGGCAAAAGAGGUCACACAAUCAUUGAUACAAACAAUAAUACUAAAGAGGAUUCAGACCAAAAUUCUUCAAAUGAUUCCACCCACAAUAAACGCCUUAGAGGUAAUGGGAAGAAAUGUCAUAGAAAUCACCGCAGAAUAAAUUCUAAUAGCACGGCUAAAAGUAGUGACUCAUCUGACACAAGCAAAUCUGAAAGCGGAGAUGCUAACAGCCACAGGAGAAAACCACGAGGAAAUAGAGUUAGAACUCAUAAAACAAAAAUUCAUAAAAGAUCUACUGAAUAUAAAGGACACAAAAUGACUUCAGGCGAUUCGAAUGAAAGCGACAAUGAUAAGGACAUUAAAAAGAAUGAUAAAGAAAAUAAAAACCAAGGCAAUGAAGGUAAAACAUGUGAUUGCAAGAAAGGAAAAGAUGGAAGCAAAGAUGAAACUGAAGACAACAACAAAAACAAAGAUACUAACGCUAAAAGAGAACAUAAGAAAAAAAUAACAGUUUCACGCACAAUCACGCGCAGAAAACGUUCAAUGCACACUUCAAACAAGACACAUAAAACUAAGAAAAGGAUAAUAAGAAGAUCACACGGUAACGAAAUCAUUGAAAGCCAAGAAUUUGAGACCCACAGCGUAGCCGCUAAGAAAUCUGAAUCAAGUACAGUCGACAAAGAUGUAGGUGGAAAACACUAUAGCCAAGUUCGCGAAAAUACAGAAGAGCAAAAACAAGAAGGGAAGAGUUACCACGAUUCCAAAACAGAACGCGAUUCCAAAGGUGCAGUCAAAAAAGAAACUGUGGAUGAAAAACAAGAACAUGGACAGUACAAAGCCGAAAGAUACGAAAAAGACUCGGUAAAGAGUGAUACGGAAAAUAUUGAGAAUGAAAGAAGAGAGAAACAAGAGAGCGAAUACGACUUGUACUAUAAGAAUAAAAAGACUUACCACUCUCGUAAAAAUGGCGAUUCUGAUGAAGAUAGGAGUUAA